AUUUACCCAUUGUUAGUGAGGGGAAUAUUGCGGUGACGUCAUAUCCGGAAGUAACGGCCGCAACAGUUCUGGCCAAUCAGGGAGGGAGUGGAGUUUAAAUGCCCUGAGCUGUGGAGUGUUCAAGGGGGGAAUAAUAUUCCGUAUCCGUCAACAUGGGCACCGAGGAGACAGGUUGGGUUCACAUCGCCAACAAUCUUCUGGAUAAAUGCCACGUGGCCCUGAGGGUCCGGGAUCUGACAGACUGCGGCGCGCAUGUGUUCGUCGCGCUAUAUGAAGCGAUUCUUGGGGAGAAGGUUCCAGAUUAUAUAUCCGCCACGCGGAGUCAAGAGCGGGAUGCGCACAACGUCCAAUCCGUCAUCGAUUCUCUGGCGCUCGACUAUUUACAAGUCAGUCUGUCCCAUAUAACAGGUGAGAACGUGGUCAGGGGGGACGCGGAGUCCAUCCAGAAUCUUUUGGAGAUAUUUGACGGGUUGUUGGAGUAUCUGAGCGAACAGAUCAGCGAGGCGUCUUCUCAGAGCGGAGAUUUUGAGAAGUAUAAAAGCUCCCACCCCGGCCACCAGCAAGAGGGAUCCCUGCAGGGGCAGAAUGGCUUACUGCCCCCUCCGAGGUCGCCUCGCUCUGCAGGAUCUUCCGAUGUCUUCGUUCCGUCGUGGGAGGCGGACGGGUCGGGAUCCACCGCGGAGCUGAUCAGACUGGGAGACACGGCGCACUCGUUCACAGCCCGGAGGUCUGCCCCUCUGGGUGACCUGAUGGGGAUCACAAGGCAGGAUCGGCCCGUGGAGGGCAGGACCAACUACAUGAGCCGAGAGAUCCAGGUGCCCGAGAGCAGCGACCGCCCACCAUCUUCCCUCGUCGGCAGAGAAGAUGCCAUAGCUGAAGCAACCCAGGAUAAUGACGGUACUGGGUGGCCACGAGUGCCCAGUCCCCGGCCUCUUGACGUGGCUGCUCCUGCGCUGACUUCUCCUUCAGCUCCUAAGAAAGUUGCCUUUCGCACCUUGCCAGAAGUUCGGUUCGUGGCUGAGAGUCCUGAGGAUGGUGAAGAAGACACGGAACCAGAAACAAGUCUGCGAUUAACCGAGAAGCUUUGUCUGCCGGGGUCCAAAAGUUCCUUAAGAGACCGCCUACGAGGGUCAGUCGCAGAUGAGCCGUUGUCUGUCCGGCGGGCGAGGAGCAUCUUAUCGGAGCAGGAGCUGAAGGAGAUGUCCGAGAAGCUGUCGCGCCGUUUAGAUGAGCUGGACCGUAUGCUGAAGGAGGCUUUGGAGGAGCGAGGCCACGAGGAGGACAAACUAUCGCAGCACAGCGACAGCAUCAUGGAGAUUGGCAGGAAGCAGCAGCUGCCCGUCACGGGUACCCAGCGUGUGAAGAGUCCUCCCGGCAGAGCGCGCUCCGUGUCGUCGCCCCCCGGCGUCCCGCUCUGCGCGCGGUUUGAAGACGCGCUCCACAAAGGGGGGAGAGGUGAGACGGGCAGAAUCCGGAGGCAGCUGCAGAGGGAACUGGAUCAGCAGCGGAUGAAGUCACAGGUACUGAGCGCGGCGUACGAGGAGCGGCUGCGGGAUUUCCAGCGGACGGAGACGGCGAAACCCUCUGCGUUCAAAACAAAGCUAAGGGAGAUGGAACGAGAAUUUAAGGAGAAUUUCUGUAAAGAUCCCCCAAAGAUGUCUCAGCCGGGGAGGGUUUAUUCCAGAAAACAAACGCCCCGACCGGCAGAGCCGGACCCCCGAACGCCGAACUGGCCACCGGCGCAGAUGAGGGUCCGGGAUGACGAUUUGCUCCCGUUGGUGCUGGACGCGUUCCCGCAGCUGCGCGUUUCCCCGCACGCCCUGAACCGCAUGUGGAGGAGUCAGUCUGCGCAGGUGGAGCUGCUUGGUAACGGCGCGCAGGAGGACGAGCGCAGCCAACGCAAGCUGCAGCGCGAGGUUGAAGAAGCUCAUAAGAAAUUUGACCUGCUGACGAGCCUCAUCAAGAAGGAGCAGGGACACAACCAGCGCCUGAAAGAUUUCAGGGACCGGAUCCGGCUGCAGAAAUCCGCCCAGAAUAAAAUGCGUGAGAAGCGGCAGCAGGGAGCUCGCGCCAAGAGGUACUACCACGACUACCACGUGCAGCUCCGUGCCAAGAUGAUGAGGGCCCGGACGCGCGAAGAAAGGAUCGUGAAGAAGCUCUUUGCGGACGGGCUGCAGCUGCAGCGGCAGAGGCUGCAGGAGAUGCGUUUAUACGCCGAGGAGCAGCGUGAGGAGCAGAGGAAGAGGCAUAAGGAUGAGUUGGAGUCCAUGGAGAACUAUUACAAGGAUCAGUUCUCGAUGCUGGCGGACGCCGUCGCGCAGGAGCGCCACGAAAUCCAAGCCCAGGAGAAGGCUCAGUCCAAGACGCUGCAGCAGAUGAAGCGCGAGCUCCGCGGGAGAAUGGAGCGGGAGAUCCGGGAUCUGCAGGAAACGAUCGUCAGGGCCGACGAGGACGCCUUCUUCCGGGAGCUCGAAGCCGAGCGCUUCAAGCGGAGGCUGCAGAUGGCGUCUUUCCAGUACAGCAAGAGCCACGGCUUGUAGAGGGCCACGGAGCCCGCAGCACCGGGUCGGAGGACGACGUGCCUUAAGAGUUUCUAAAUCAAAUUAUUUAUUUCUGGAUUUUAAUUUAUUUUUUUUUUACUUUUUCUGAUUUUUUUUUUUUUUUAAAGUAAAAACAAAAA